AAAUUUAUGGAGAAGAACAGGGUCAGUGAUCAAACUCUCUGUUCAGCUUUUAGUCCUGGGGGUAAAUUCUAUGUUACAGGGGGUACUGAUAAGAUAGUACGUGUGUAUGAGAUGAGUGAUCCUCCAUUACUAGUGAAUGAACUCACUGGUCACACUGACAGGAUAUUAACAAUACAAUUCAACAACAAUGGACAAUGUUGUUUUGCUACUGGUUCUUGUGAUGGUACUUCUAUCAUAUGGAGAUACUCCAGUUCCCAAUGGUCCAGUAUUGUACUGGUAGCUAGUGUUGAUCAACAGCUAAUCAUCCAGAUGCUGAUACUUUAUACGUUGAGAAGAUUGAUGUUGGUGAUAAAGAGCCCCGUACUAUUGUGAGUGGACUAGUGAAGUACUUUAAAGA